AUGUCGGCCAAAGGCAUUUCGCCGUGGUCCAAAUUGCGCGGAAUAUUCGGGCGAGCCGCCAGGGAAAAACCAAGAACCGCACAGGAGGACCCCGACGGACCACGCCCGAACCCGAACGACUACCCGACAUUUCCGCCCUUGCCCCCGCGCGACCUCCUCCAGAACCCGGCCGCCCAGUUUGACAGGAUCGCCGCCCGCAAGUACGGCGCGCCGCAGGGCGAGUACGAGGACAAGCCGCUGUACGGCCUGUACCGCUUCUACGAGUUCGUCGUGCUCGACAGCGUCACCAACUACCGCAACAGCCUCGAGGCCUUCUGGCGGCGGCGGGACUGGCCCGUCCGCGACAUCCCGGACCCGCAGGACCCGGACCCGGAGCGCUACGCCUUCCUCGCCGGCUGCACCUACCUUAUGGUGCGCGCCUUCAACGCGCGCGUGAAGCUGGGCCUGGACCGCAGCAUGCCGUCGCUGAUCACGCCCGACGAGGCCGAGGAGCUGCGCCGCCGGCCCGACCACCUGCGCAAGUACGAGCGGGUGCCCGAGUGGGUGGAGAAGGUGCCGCCCUUGGAAGAGCUGCUGGUCGUGCCGACCCACGACGGCGAGGUGCUUGCCGGCAGGGAGGACCCGAGGGCUGAUCCGGAUUUCUUGGCCAAGGGCAUCUUGUUGUGGACGCCGCAUAUCUACUUCACUUGA